AUGGACUCUUCUGCGUCUGCUGCUGGCAUCCCUGCAUCGCUUUCGCCUCGUGAAGCGGCUGUCGAGACGUCGCCCUCCUCGGCACAUCCGCCUCGACUCGCAGACCGCUUCAAGCUGCUCGCACGGGCUGCAGAGAUGUCAGCCACCUCCGACGAAGGCCGUGGGUCUCCCCAGGGUAUCGCGUCGGACACGGCACCGUCGCAGACUUCUUCUCCAUCGCCAACACCCGCUGCCUCCGAGGCGGAGCGGACGACUUCGGCCAACCCGCCGACCGACGAAGGGCCGAAGCAAGCGCGCAAGAAGAGGUGGACCGGCGUCAGGAACUGCGAUGCCUGCAGGAUCCGGAAGAGCAAGUGCGAUCGUCUGAGGCCAUGCUCGAACUGCGCCUUCCGCAACGUCAAAUGCACCUACGACGAAGCGUUCGACUCCUUCCCCAUGGUCGCCGUCGAGCACAACCUCGCGGACAUCUCGCGGCUGUGCCAAAACGUCUUCGCACUCGCCCGCACCCUGAACAUGCCUGCCGACGAGCUCGACAAGCUCGCGGUCCUUGCGGACCAGCUCAUCGAACAGGAACGUCCCAGACCUUACGACGUCGUCGGGAGUACGGCCUCAUCGAAGAAGCGGCGCUCGCUUGGCGAGAUUCUGCGAACGAACCCUCAGUUCGCCGCGCUCGAUACGGACCUCGCGGCCAAGCGACAAGCGACUGCCGCCUCGUCCAAGUCGACGCCAGCAAGCACACCGCGCCCAGAUAUCCCGCAUCCACGUGCACACAUAGGCAGAACAGACGUCGCGCCGCCGCCUCGUCGACCUACCUCGGUUCCUCAAAUGCGGCAGGCAGGUCCACCACUCGUGUACCACCCGAUGCACCAUGUCGCGCCUCAAGUCUUCUUCUACGGUCCAGGCGCCUAUCCCUCGGCCGUUCCUCCGUGGGCGUACGGCUACGCAAGUCGAGUGCCUUCCACCGCUCUUGGGCUUCAUGCGGUCUAUCCGCAAUCGACCGGCCUAUAUGCGGUCGCCCCGCCCUCGUCCUCUCGUACACCGUAUCCUGCGCAUCCUUACGCGCAUCUACAACCGCCAAGUGCGCACGCCUUGUCAAGGCGACCUUCCACCGCUUCUUCAGGCCGUCUGUCGCCAGCCGUCCUCCCUCCACUUGCCAUACCCGGUCGUCCCGCUUCCCAAAGCAUUACUUCAAACUUUUCUGCGACCGCCCCUUCCACCGCCACUCCUUCCACCGCCGUCUCCGCCCUCACGCCUUUCCGCUCCGCUCACGCGCCGACUUCCGCCACGACGCCUCCUUCUGCCCGCCCACCCAGCUCGUCCUCUUCCUCCACCCUCCCACAUGGCGGCCACUACCUCCUCCCUCCGAUCCAGCCGAAGACCCCGUCGACAGAAAGCCUGACGACCCAUCUCGCCUCUUUCGCCACGACGACCCCGACAGCCUCUGCACCUCCUUCUCCGCCUAUUCGUCUUGCGCCGCUGCGGAGCAUUGCGCAGGCGGAGGAUGUCGAGAUGGCGGACGAAGCGAGGAGGAUCGAGCCGGUCUUCACCAGGACGGACGCUCGCGAGGACGGCGUCCGGCGGCUUCCCAGUCUCUCGGAUGCGCUCUUUCGCAGUGCGAGCGAGCGAUGA